AUGGAGCCAAUCCAGGCGCUUGUCUGGGCUUCCUGGGCGUGUCCAUCCGCCGUCGGACAUCGGUCUAUCGGCCCAUCCCCAUGCUGCACCCGCGGGAGUUUGGAGGGUAGCGCCGCCCUAGUGCGAAAGACCAUCGCCAGCCAGAUCACUUUCUUUCAAGUCGAUUCUUUCAUGGGCGGGAAGGCGCGAAUCUUGCUGGACUUCCUAAAAGUUGAUUCAUGUCAGGCGGGUCUGUUGCCAGGUGUGGGCUGGCUGAUGGGUAUCCAUCAGCAGAAAGUACGGGAACAGGCCGAAAAGAAAGCAUCCAUCACAGAUGCCCUGGGUCUGACAGGGUUUCCUCUGUUUUCCCUGGCUGUUUGCACUCACUUUUUGACUUUGUUUCCGGCGCUCGUUGCUUUUUCGCGCGACGGUCACGGGGGAAACCCGCCUGGCCAAAAGGGGCCUGGAAAGUCGCCGUUAGUCAUCGUCACAUCGUCGAUAGUGCGUGAUUUGGGACGGAGGAUAUCCAGCAGCACCCACACUUUUCCGCGUUCCCCCCGUCCCAAGUUACAAGCCCCGUAA